GGUGCGCCAAGUCUUUAUACAAUUUGUGACUCCAUUAACCCCGGCCGUUGCUAUUGUGAGCAGACUCGGAAACGUGUCAUAUGUGCGGUGUACCCAUAACACGACCACAUCAAACUGGUAAUCAAAUAUCGAAGGACUGGUUUCCAGAGUAUUAUAUACCACCCGCAAUGGUAUCUUGCCAAAUUUCAUUACUCUAAAAUAAUAUAGAGGAAUAUGUUGCAAAGGAGUAAAUGAAUUAAUUUCUUAUUUUGUAACGAGAUUGGAGGAGAAAUUCAAAGCCUUUGGAUGACAUUUCUUAAAAUCCAUGAAUAUAAUUUAUUCAUGAGAAAUAUUGGAAAUAUUUAAUUUAUACGUUUCAUGCACCUCAUCGCUUCGGGACUGUUUCUUCGUGGAAUUCUGCGAAUUGAUCGGUGACCUUUAAGUGGAGGAGAUUGCAAGCAUGCAGACUUCUUGUCAUGAUGUUUAUUAUACAGGAUUUUUGCCAGGAAAGUUGCGAUGAUGAUUCUAAAAUUGAUUCCAUCAAAAGAUUUUUCUAAAUCUUGGAUCUUUCAUACAUUAUCCUAGCUAGCAGACAUAGAGUUAAUAUUCAUUGAUGUCAGAACAUCCAUGUGAGAUACCAAUUAUUCUAUUCAGGGAUUAUGUCAAAGUAUAGAUUCUUCUAUGCUGCGAACAUACUACAUAAAGCCAUGACGAUGUGCUCAACAUUUUCCUAGCCCGCGGAUCGAGUGAUUAAUUUUCCGUUAGGAUGGGGGAUCAUCCAGGUCUACCCCCGUUGAAUCUCCGGCCAAGCUCCGGGGGAGGGUCGAUGAUGAUGUUUAGCCGGUAUCAGUCCUCGAUGUUCGGAGGGGCGGAGCAGCAUGGUGAUGCCUUCUCAAUCAUUGGACAGGAGUUGUUCUCUGCUCCAGAACUGCCUGAAAUAAUUGAUCUUUUUACCCGUGGUAUACCAAGCCGUGUAACCUUGGCCGAUAUGAUUGGCUCAUGCUGCCGAACCACAGUCAACGACAUAGAAAGGCUACCUGCAAUACAUCCAUCUGUUAUGAGCUCAAGAGGGGAACAGCACACCCGGUACAUGAGCUUCGUAUCAACCCCACCCAUAGAGAGAAGACCACCAAGAGGAAGGCCUAAAUUUCCACGCAAGCCUUUAGGACCACAGGAAUGCUUUAAAUGCCAACUCAAAACUGACCACGCAAGUUGUGAAAAGCACAAGUAUUUAAGAAUCGGAGGAGGAUAUCGCCAUAGCUACGCAUACAUCAGCCAAAUCAUGGAAGUCAUUGAAAAGGAACACUUUGCAGUUGCUCGGGAGGAAUUCUUGAAAAAUGAAAAGAUAAAAGAAGAGGCAAGAAAACUCGAAGAAAACCGAAAUACUGUUAAGCGUCGAGUGAAGCUAUAUCUCCGAACCAAGAGCGGUAACGUCAUCACCCGGUACCAGUUCGUGAACGACGACGACUACCGCGAGAUGAAAGAGAAUAAGUCGGCAGCGAAGAAGAUGCUGGGAUUAAACGACGACGAGUCCCUCGAAGAGUUUGUGACGUCGAAACACGGCUAUGUGCAAGAUAAACACGGUGACAUGGUCAAAGCAAAAAGGAAGAAAAAUAAGAAGAAAAGGAAACACAGAGAUGGGGACGACGAAGAGGAUAGCGAGGACGAAUCCGAUGAUGACGAGGAGAACGACGGAGGUCGUCGUCGUCGCCAUGGUCACAAGAAGGGUCAUCAUUCAAAACGACAUCAAAAGCACAAAGGACGUAGGAGACGCGGGGAUUACUACAGUGAUGACGAGAGCAUAGCCGAGAGCGGGGUCGGUGCCAGUUUACUCGACGGCGAGACCGGAGGAAAAUCUACACGACAUCAUCGCCGUCGUCACCGUUCGAGAGAUGACGGCGGUGAAUACGGCGACCAAGUUGCGUCGUCAGCCGAAUCGUACAUCAGUGAUAACGGAACGCUACAUCACAGAGAGAAGAAGAAAAAGAGGAAACACAGGAGACACGAUCGCGAGGACGAUGGCGAUCGACAUCGAAGAAGACGGAGGCGUGAUCGCGAUGACGAUUCUGUGGUCGAUGGUGAAAGUGCGCAGUCUGAUGAGAUGAGUGAUGACGGCUCGGAUGAAAGCAGAAGACAUCGUCGUCGUAGACGCGGUGAUGGCAGAAGGCAUCGCCGGAGAAAAGGACGCCGAACCACCAGCGAUGGAUCUGAGGGAGACGAUGAUGAUGGGUCGCGACAUCAUCGGAAACGACGACAUCGUGGAAGACGCGAGGAUGAUGGCGACGAUGUUGACGAUUAUGACACGCACGGGAGAGGAGGUCGACGUAGGAAAGGAAGCCGAAGAAGAAAGCAUGGAUCGUCUGACGAUUCAACUGAGAGCGAUGACGGAUCUGAUGACGAUGACGGUGGACAUCGACGAGGAAGAAGGCGAGGUCGAAGGAGAGAUUCGGAUGAUGAAUAUCCUCAUCGCUCCAGUAGGCGCCGACGUCGAAGGCGGCACAGCAGCGGUGAUGACGACGACGAUGAUGACGAUAAUUAUUAUGAUGCAUACAGCAGACGAUCAGCAGGUCGAAGUAAGAAACGUGGUGGAAAGAGAAGAACGAAUGAAAGAAGUCGACGAGGACGACGGAGAAGGAGAUCGAGUGAUGAGUCAUCGAGCGAGUCCGGUUCUUCUGAUGAGUAUUCCAGUGAUUCGUCGGAUGAUAGUUCCAGUGGUCGAGAUAAGAGGAGAAGAAAAGGGAAACAAUCAAAGAAGAAAGACAAACAUAAGAAGGAAGGCAGUGACAUUAGCGGUUCGUCAAGCUACGACAGUUCAUACGACAGCUCUUACGAUUCAUCGAGUAAUGGGAGUAGUUAUGACUCCGAUGACUCGAGUUCAGAGAGCUCGAGUAGUAGCAGCAGCACCUUCUCUAUCACCAGUGAGUCGUCGGAAGUCAGUGAAGCCAGCGAAGUCAGCAGCGUCGCGACUGACGACAUUUCCGAUGUCGACAGUCAACUCCAGGGAGAGGAGAGGUUGAAAGCUAUCCAAAAGAAAAAGCAAGAACGAAAGGAGGACAAGGCAGCGGAGAAACAACUCAAGAAAUACCAGGAACGAAAGAAGGGAAGAGAGGAUAAGAGAGAGAAAAAGAGGAAGAAGAGGGAGGAGAAAGUAGAAAAGAAGAAGGAGAAAAAGGAGAAGAGGCGUCUGGAAAAGGAAGAACGACGGGACGGAAAGCGUGAUAGAGGGAAGAGGAAACACGGCAAAAAGGAGGAAGGUAGCACAAGUGAAGAGGAUACCGAUGAUUCGGAUGAUGGGAAGAGCAGAAAGAAAGAUCGUAAAAGCCGCAGAGAUAAGAAAAGAGAGCGACCUGUCAGUGCCGUGAGCACUGUCGGUACUGUUCAGAGUGACGAAAUAUCUGUGAUAGACAGCGCCCUCAGCGACAGGGAGAGGAAGCGGUUGAAAGCACAGAAGAAAGAAAGACUGAAGCAGAAGAAAACUGAAGAGAAACAACAAGCAAAGAAUGAGCAAAGGGAAAAGGAGAGGAAACAGAAGAAAAAAGAGAAAGAGAAAAAGAGAAUAAAGCGAGAGAUUGAGCGAGAGCUGGAUCGAAUGAGCUCGGCAAGCACGGUUAGCAGUGUCCAUAGCAGUGAGCUCUCUCUUGACGAGGAGGAUAAAUAUCUCGAUGAAGAAACAAGAAAAAAGAAGAAAGCAAGCCUGAAAAAGAAGCUUUCGAAGGCCAAGCAGAAAUCCAAGAAUAUGAUGAAAGCAGUGGCAAAGGUCAUGGAAAAGAGACAAAGAGAAGGGCGUGACGACCCGCUAUCGUCGGAUGAUGGUAGAUCUACUAAGGGUGUAUCCUUCGCUGAUCUUGCCGGUGGGAAAGAGUUCAAAAGCAUGGUGGAUUACGCCAAAGGCAGCAAGCGAGGCCUCACUGAUAAAAUCGAAAAGACAGAUGGGCGUGGCAUGGACUGGAUGACGGAAUGGCAGUUAUUAAAAGAAAAGCAGAAAAGGAAAGAAGAGAUGAAACUGAAGAAGGCAGCAGAAAAGGCUGAUGAAGAUCCAUUGGCUGCGUAUCGAGAAAUCAUCAAGGCUGAACGCGAUGCCCGGAUGAGCAAGGUCUCCAAGCUCAAACUCUUCAUCAACCGCAACCUCGACAUCCUCAAAGGGGGCACGGUCCGGGUCAAGAACGACGGCACCAUCGCGGACGAUGACGACUCCGAUGCGGAGACCAUCGAGAUCGACGAUGAGGGUAAUAUGGUGACGGUACCGACGUCGUUACGUUGCGAAGAUGCUGAUCUCAAGGAGUGGAUCACCGAUAUGGAUAUGUCGAGAGGUACCACACCGGUCGUACCGAGUGAUGAUGAAAACGACCCUGCUGGAGUUCGUAGAGUUUUGAAGGAAUUCCGUAAGAACCCCCACGAGAUGACUGCUCAUCUUCAACGUGUAUUAGAAACAGCUUCAGAACUGAAGGCCGAUGAAUUGAACAGAUCAACUCUACGAAGUCAAAGCGCACGGGCAGUCGACGAAAGAGAAACGACGAUCGACUACAUGAGCCACUUUCGUCUGGUAGAGAAGUCUAAACUUGACCCGAUGGCUAGGUCAUUCACCGUAGAAGACAAAGAGAGAACAUGUGUUUUGACGCUGGAUGCUAUGAGAGAAGCUUUGAAUGGUGUGCCGAGCCUAAGCGCUUUGAAAACCAAGCAACUGGAAUAUGUUCUCAAGGUUUGUCUUGGAUUGCUUUUAUUUCUUUGA